AUGGAGACCCUGAAUGAGACCCCCACUGUGCUACAGCCCCGCUGGAAGCGGGUUCUGGGCUGGACCGGGCCGGUUCCGCGGCCGCGGCACGGCCACCGGGCCGUGUCCAUUAAGGAGCUCAUGGUUGUGUUCGGAGGAGGGAACGAGGGAAUCGUGGAUGAGCUACACGUCUACAAUACAGCUACCAACCAGUGGUUCAUCCCGGCGGUCCGUGGCGACAUCCCGCCGGGCUGCGCGGCCUACGGCUUUGUCUGCGACGGGACGCGCCUGCUGGUGUUCGGAGGGAUGGUGGAGUACGGGAAGUACAGCAACGAGCUGUACGAGCUGCAGGCCAGCCGCUGGGAGUGGAAACGUCUGAAGGCCAAACCCCCAAAGAGAGGCCCACCCCCGUGCCCCCGCCUCGGACACAGCUUCUCCCUGAUUGGCUCCCGGUGUUACCUGUUCGGUGGCCUGGCCAAUGACAGCGAGGACCCAAAAAACAACAUUCCCAGGUACCUGAACGACCUGUACUGUCUGGAGCUGAGACCCGGCUCCACGGUGGUCAGCUGGGAGAUCCCGCCCACAUCCGGGCCGCCGCCGCCCCCCAGGGAGAGUCACACGGCAGUGAUGACGACCAAGGGCGGAGUCAGCAGGCUGAUCAUCUACGGCGGGAUGAACGGUUGCCGGCUGGGAGACCUCUGGGUCCUGGACUUAGAGUCUUUGGUGUGGAGCCAACCAGCUCUCAGUGGGACGCCGCCCCUCCCCCGCAGCCUGCAUUCUGCCACCGUCAUCAACAACAAGAUGUACGUGUUCGGAGGAUGGGUCCCUCUGCUGGGGGAUGACAUCAAGAUGGGGACGCAUGAGAAGGAGUGGAAGUGCACCAACAAUCUGGCCUGCCUCAACCUCGAGACGAUGAGCUGGGAGACGGUUCUGAUGGACGGCGAUGAGGAGAACCUGCCCAGAGCUCGGGCCGGUCACUGCAGCGUGGCCAUCAACUCCAGACUCUACAUCUGGAGCGGCCGGGACGGGUACCGGAAGGCCUGGAACAACCAGGUCUGCUGCAAAGACCUGUGGUACCUGGAGACAGAGUGUCCAGUGGCGCCGUCCCGGGUGCAGCUGGUCCGGGCCAACACCACGUCCCUGGAGGUGAGCUGGGGUCCGUCUAAGACCGCAGACACGUACCUCCUGCAGCUGCAGAGGUACGACAUUCCAGCCGGCCCCGCCCCCGGUGCCGCCCCUCCUUCCCUGGCUCCACCUAGCCAGGCCGUCCCGGCGCCGGGUUCUGCUCCUGGAAGCCCGUCGGCUGCAGACGCCAAAGCGGUCCUGAGGUUGUCAGCAGCUCCGAGUGCGGCAGGGGGGGGCGUCAGACUGGCCGCGCCAAAAACCCCUGUGACCAUGGCAACGCUUCCUGCUGGUGUCCGUGUGGCGGUUCCUGCUCAGCCCAGUCAGGUGGCGAUAGGUAGCGGCCCUCAGAUGAGUGGCAUGGCGGCACUGGCGGCGGCGGCAGCAGUGACUCAGAAGAUCCCUCCGUCCACGGCGCCGGUCCUCGGCCUACCAGCAGGGGGCGGCGCGGUGAAGAUUGUGAACAACUCGGCAGCGCGUCUCCUGAAGACGGCCGCCGCUCAGGUGGGCGGGGCUUCAGUGGCGUCCGCUGCGGGGACUCCCAAACGGCCAAUCAUCACGGUGCAUAAGUCGGGCUCGGUGACGGUCUCCCCACAGCCUCAGGUGGUCACUACAGUGGUGGGCGGAGUCACAAAGACCAUCACCAUUGUCAACAGUCCCAUCAGCCUGGGAGGAGGCGGAGCUUUGAUCGGUAACCUUGGAAACCUGGGGAAGGUGGUGUCGAUGGUCCAGACCAGGACGGUCCAGAGCGGAGCGGUUACAGGUCAGGCUGGGAGCAACCCGGUCUCUCAGAUCCUUCAGACGAAGGGCGCUCUGCCCGCGGGAACCAUCCUGAAGCUGGUGACCUCAGCAGAUGGGAAGCAGACGGCCAUCCUCAGCACGGCGCAGGCCGGAUCCACCGCCAACAAACCCACCAUCAUCAAGACCAUCCCGCUGUCGGCUCUGCAGGGAGCAGCAGGUGGGAACAGUCCGAUUACCAUCCUGACCACCAAGGUGGGAACCGCGGGAACGGAGAGGUUGAUCAGUGCCGUCCCCAGGAUGUCUGCGGGCGUCCAGCAGGGCGUCACACAGGUGGUGUUAAAAGGAGCGCCCGGGAUGGGCGGUACCAUCCUCAGAACCGUCCCCAUGAGCGGACUGAGACUGGUGUCUCCAGCACCCGGCGGAAGCAGCCCUGCUGUCACCACGCUGGUCAUGAAGGGGACCUCAGGGGUCGCCAGUCUGAGCACAGCCACAGGAAGCAUCUCCGCUGCCAACGCCUCCUUGACCACACCCAUCACUACUCUGACGUCGCUGGCCAGCCAGGUUACCACAGCAACCGCCCCCACCUCAGGACCCAGACAGGUGACUCUGAUCACAACGCCAAGCGGUGCCGAGCCCCAACCGCUGGUCCAGGACCUGCCCGUCUCCAUCAUGGCCUCUCCGACGUCAGAGGAAACGGGGAAUACUACAGGAAGUACCACGACCACCAACGCUGAGGGAGACGCAGCCACAGUGACUCUGGUCUGCUCCAACCCACCGUGUGAGACCCACGAGACCGGAACCACCAACACCGCCACCACAGCUGGAGCUGGAGGACUCCGACAGGUGUGCUCCAACCCACCGUGCGAGACCCACGAGACCGGAACCACCAACACCGCCACCACAGCUGGAGCUGGAGGACUCCGACAGGUGUGCUCCAACCCACCGUGCGAGACCCACGAGACCGGAACCACCAACACCGCCACCACAGCCACAGCUCAACAGAGUGGAGAAACUCCGCAAGGAGACUCCACAGACUCCGCCCCCUCAUCUGAUCCCGCCUCUGCUGUCAGUCACAGCACAGCAUUAACUACCGUAACGCAUGCAACGCCGGCCCCGGGUCCAGCAGUACCGGAAAUCUCCUCGUUGGUUGGAGCUGAGAGGAUGGAGACCUCAGAGACGCUCAUCAUGGUGCCACGAGAAGAGGAGGAGCCAACACUGACAGACAGCCAAUCGGAGGGCGUGGUGUCAUCGGGGGCGUCGUCGUUACAGGUUCAGAUGGCCUCCUCAGAUGAAGGUCUUCCUCAGCAACUGAUGUCAUCAGAGGGGGACGGAGGUGAGGAUGUCUCCAGGACGAUGACCCUUACGUUGACGCCAGGACUGGUCCAAGAUCAGCUGGCAGUUACUAUGGCGACCGGCGAAGGAGCCUCACAGGUGGCGCUGCAAGCGGCUGGGCCCGUCGGUGAGGCUAACCAACCGAGCGAUCAGCCGUUCCGCAUUGUUCUGACACCUCAGGAACUGGCGGCGCUGGUCCAGCAGCAGCAGGAAGCAGAACCAGAGCCCAGCAGCGUUCCCACAGAGGGCCUCGCUCCAGCCGACAGCCUGAACGACCCGAGCGCAGAGAGCCACGGACACCAGCUCCCCACCUCAGCCGUGAUCAGCGCCGUCGCUCGAUUAGCCAGCACGUUUAGCCCCACCCCCACGAUGGCGGAGGGCCAGGCGAAGAGCACAGCUGUCACCACGCCCAUGGCGACGUCCAAUGGCAUUAGGGAACCUCCAAUUGAACAGCGAGUCAGGACAGCGCCGAAGGAGAACCCGUGGUUUGACGUCGGCAUCAUGAAGGUCACCAACGCUGUGGUAACACAUUACUACGUCCCCUACGACGACGGCGCGGUUGAGGAUUACGCGACUUCGGUGCCAGAUUAUAGUCAGAUGAGGCGGGUGGAGCUGCAGCCUGGCACUGCCUAUAAGUUCCGGGUCGCAGGGAUCAACAUCUGCGGCCGCGGCGCCUUCUCCGAGGUGUCGGCGUUUAAAACCUGCCUCCCUGGAUUCCCUGGAGCGCCGUGCGCCAUUAAGAUAAGCAAGAACCUGGACGGGGCCCAGCUCACCUGGGAGCCCCCCGCCGUCACCGCGGGAACCAUCACAGAGUACUCGGUGUACCUGGCCAUCCAGUCCAGCCAGGCCAAGUCGCCCGCUUCUGGUUCCGGCCCGGCCCAGCUGGCCUUCAUGAGGGUGUAUUGUGGCUCGGACCCGCGCUGCCUGGUUCAGGCAUCCAGCCUGGCCAACGCCCACAUCGACUACACCACCAAGCCCGCCGUCAUCUUCCGCAUCGCCGCUCGGAACCAGAAGGGCUACGGGCCGGCCACGCAGGUCCGAUGGCUACAAGAAACCAGCAAGGACUCCAAAGCAGCGUCCAAGAGAAGCGGACCUUCUCAGGACAUGUAGGAACCGGCAGACGAUACCAGAAUCCCACCAGACACAGAAACUACCAGAACGUUCUGGUUUCAUUUUGACCAGAUCGAUGCAAGGCGGCGCCGAUGGUCGGAACCCAACCAGUUCUGCAAUGAUCCAGUUGGUUCUUAAAACACGACAAACUGAUGGUUCUAAAGGUUCUGAAUGAAUGUGGCUAUCGAGGACCGACCCAACUCCAGGUUCAGGUUCUUAGCUGGUCAGGGGCAGAGCGGUUCUGGUCUGUUUGGGUUCCUGAUUUUAAACGAUGAGAACAGAAGCUGAAUAUUCCUGAAUGUUGGACUGUUGAUCCGUUGAUCCGUUCCCUUCAGAACUCACAGAAUCCGGACCUGAGGUGGGCGGGGCUAAAGGACAACAGGAGCGUUGAGGCUCAGUCUUCUGGGUCAGAACUCUGGCUGUGGUUUGAGUUCUGGUGUUUAGUGGGCGGAGCCUCAGAUGGUUGGGAUGCCUUCAAUAUGGGGUGGGACUUAGAGGGGGGGGGGCUU